GUCACUGCUCUCCAGCCACCCAGCUCUGAAGGCAGUGUAGAUGUAAAGGUGGCAAUACUGCGACCCCUCUACAAUAGCCUUGCAACCCCCCUCCCCACAAUGCCCUUUUGGGUCGGAACCUCCAGUUGGAGGUCUCCCCUGUGACAUCUGUAUAGUAUAGGGUACAAGGACACAAAAGACCAGAUUUCAGAAGGGGGGAGAGCAGAUGUCAUGGUCAAUGACACAUUUUUCAUGCCCAUGAAUUUGAUAAGGCCCUACUCCUAUUAUCUCCCACCCUUCAUCUCCACUUCUGCUCUUGGGUCAAGCCCAUAUUCUCCCUCCCAGCCAGCCCACACUGGUGUCUAAUGCUUUGGGAAGCCAGAGGGGCAGGAGCUGCCAUACGCCAGGCCAGAGAAGAUGAAGGCUGGGAUGGGGCUGGGUCUCCGGGAAGAGCUGCCCAGAGACAAAGACCUAGAUGAGGGUUUCAGCGGUUCAGCAUUCUCAGGAACUCACACAAGAACUGGCCUUUCCCUCUGUAAGGCAGGGGCUGCAGCAGCUUGCCGGAGCCAACAUGGCCUCACAGAGCAGUGAGGACAUCAUCAAGCUGUCGAGGGAGGAGCUGGAGGCCCUGAAAGCUGCCUUUGAGGAGGGGAACCUCGCUGGAGUGGCCUCCAGGCUGCAGGAGAUGCUGGAGUCGCUGGAGAGCGUCCAGCUGGAUGUCGGCAUCACGGGCGAGACCGGCUCUGGGAAGUCGUCCUUCGUCAAUGCUCUCCGGGGCUUGGGCGAUGAGGAUGCAGGUGCCGCCCGCACCGGUGUGGUGGAGACCACCAGGGAGCCGACUCCAUACCAGCAUCCCCGGUACCCCAACGUGACCAUCUGGGACCUGCCGGGGAUCGGCACACCCGAUUUCCACCCCGAUACCUACCUGGAGCAGGUCGGCUUCUCGCGCUACGACAUCUUCUUCAUCAUCGCCUCGCAGCGCUUUACUGCCAACCAUGCUGCUCUGGCCCGCCACAUCCAGGCCAUGGACAAGAGUUUCUACUUCGUCCGCUCCAAGGUGGACAUGGACCUGGAUUCCUCCCUCAGGCGCCGGCCAUCCAGCUACAGCGAGGUGGGGGUGCUGCAGGAGAUCCGGCAGAACUGCCUGGAGGGUCUGCAGGCCCAAGGCAUCCGCUUGCCCCAGGUCUUCCUCCUCUCGGCUUUUGAUCUCAGCAAGUAUGACUUCCAUCUCCUGGGGGAGACGCUGGAGAGGGAGCUGAGCCACCACAAGCGGCACGCCUUCCUGAUGGCCCUGCCCAACAUCUCCCUGCACAUCCUGGAGAAGAAAAAGGCAGCAAUGUUGGAGCACAUGUGGUUGGUCUCCAUCGUGGCCUGCGGUGUCCACGCCGCGCCCAUCCCAGGACUCCUGAUCUCCUGCGAUGUGGACGUCCUGGCCAGGACCCUGCAAGGUUACUGCAAGGGCUUCGGCCUGGAUGAUGACUCUCUGGAGAAGCUGGCGGCACAAAUGGGGCAGCCGGUGGAGCAGAUGAAGGCCGUGAUCGAGUCACCAUUGGCCAAGGAGAUCUCCAAUAUCCUGGUGGUGCAGCUGUUGAUACAGGCAGGCAGCGAGGCACCUAAGCUAGCCAAUGAGGUGCUGAGCUCUGUCCCGCUCCUGGGUUCGCUUGCAUCCGGAGCAUUGUCUUUUGCCACCACGUACAAGAUGCUGAGGAGCUUUGUGAAUGCGAUAGCUGCUGAUGCCCAGAAGGUGCUUAUUAAAGCCUUCAACUUGGAUGCUAAGAAGUGAGCCAGAAAGGAGGAGAGAGAAAGAUUGAAACACCUUCUGUGAGGCAAGGGACCAAAAUCCAGUGCCAGGUGCAGACAGGACUCCAGCAUCCCCUGGAAAUCCCUCGAGCUUCCUACCUGAUGUCAGAAUUUCAUUCCGGAGCUGGAUAUAAAAUCCAUGAUUGAAUUUCUAAAGUUUCUGCUGCAUUUGUUACUUUGCUAUUUAAAUGUCAAAUAUCAGAGCUGGUUCUGUUGUCACUGACGCUGGUGCAAAUCAAGGGUGAGUGUGUUGUAUACCAGGAGUAACUCUGUUGUAAAUACUUCACUGUAAACCAAAAGUAAGUCCAUCGUAAAUAUGUCAUCAUAAACUGGGUAAUUCCAUUAUAAAUAGAUAUUUCAUUGUAAACUGGUCAUAACUCUGUUGUAAAUACACCACUGAAAACCAGGAGUGUAACAGAUGUCAAUACUCGGUUGUAAACCAAGGGUAAAUCUACUUUAUACCAGGAGUAAUGCUGGUGUGAACCAGGAGUAACUCUUGUACAUAUAUUGUUAUAACCUGGGGUAACCCCAUUAUAACUAAAUGGUUUAUUGUAAACUGGAUGUGAUUUUACUGUAAAUACUCCAUUGUAAAUGGGGUGUAACUCUGUUGCAAACCAGAAGCUGUAAAUAUUCUGGGCCAGAACCUCAGCUGCGGCAAAUUGGGGGAAAACUCCACAUAAGUCACUGGGCUGUGUGGCCUAGUGGAUUGAAGACUAGAGUUUUAUUCCCAGCUCUGCUGCUGCAUGACCAUGGGCAAAUCACUUCCCCUCCAGGUACCUCAGUUUCCCCACCUGUAGAAUGGGAAUAAUGAUGCUGACCUCCUUUGUAAAGAAUUUGAGAUCUACUGAUGUAAGAGCUAGUGAUUACUAGUGUGGAAAAUAAGAAGUGAGGAUCUGGCAAGGCAUUGUAAACCAGGAGUAACCUCUCUGAAAUUGCAGUAAAGCCAGAGUACAGUAUGUCAGAAUCAAGCCAGUCAUUUCUAAUUGGGGGUGGGUGGGAGGUGAAAAUGAAGUAAAGUUCUGUGACCCCACAAUUAAUUUAGCAAAAGUUAAAUGUGUCCUUAGCUUUCAUAUCACUGUAAUGAACAGUAUGGAAGCAGAGUCCAGGCUACAGUGUAGAGGCAGGAGUGCAGUCUGAGGUUAGGGUAGGUAGACUGACAAUCAGGACUCUAGGGUGCUAAUGUCAGCCCUAAGAGGCAAUGGGGGUAGGUGGUUAGUGCAGGAAAGUGGGAUUCAGGACCCCUGGGUUCGCUUCCUUCCCCACUUUACCACUUCCUCACGUAGGAGAGUCACUCCAACUCUUUGUGCCCUGUUUUAUCCCCAUUUCUCCUAAAGGGUUAUUUUCAUAUUUACCCAGCUCUCUAAUGUGUUUUAAGAUCAGCGGAGGAAUGACUUUCAGUCUUGUUAAUAUGUAGCAUGCAAUGAAAAUUCCCUUGGUUAGUUCCUGACUAGGGCUUCGGGCUAGCCACCCUUGGAGGAUCAGUACGAGUUUAACCCCAGACAUUCACUUGGGAUCAGAGUUGGUUGAGAAAUGGACUUUCCCUCCUGUGGGAAAUUCUGAGAUUUUGAAACUUGAAGCAGAAUGAAAAGCCAAAAUCUUGGGGAUUUUUUCUUGAACAGGAACAUUCGAAAAUGUUUUGUUUCAGCCUUGUAGAAACAUUUUGUUUGUAUGAGGUUGACAAAUUUUAUUAUAUCAACUUUUGUUAGAAGUUAGAAUCAUAGAAUAUUAGGGUUGGAAGUGACCUCAGGAGGUCAUCUAGUUCAACCCCCUGCCCAAAGCAGGACCAAUUCCCAACUAAAUCAUCCCAGCCAGGGCUUUCU